CUAAAAUUGAGUUUUUUUCUACAGUGACAGCAUGACUUUUAUGACCCAAAUAGCUUUUAUCCAGCUAUUGUGAAACGAGCACUAAAUCUUCCAUUAAGUUUAUAACCUGCUGUUUUUAAAUAAAAUAAUCGAAUAAACACGUAGCACAAAAUCGUUUAACAAACGGCAAUAAAACGCGACAUAAAUCAGUGGUUGCACAAGGUAUGGCGAUAUAUUAUUAAAAGUUGGUCAUUCGGCGCUGUAAAAUGUUGAAAGAAUGAUAUUGUAUUGGUUGGUUCUGUUGGCGUGUGUUGUCGGGGACGAGGUGGAGGACGGGCGGGCGCUGGUGGGGGAGGUGGACGAGGAGCUGCUGAGGAAGCUGGAGGCGGACCCCGUCCGGGACCUGUCGGCGGACCCGGAGUACGAGGAGCUGCGCGCCGAGCUGAGCGCCACGCACGCCGCGCUGCGCGAGCUCGUGCAGCAGCAGGCCGCGCCCGGCCGCAGUAAGCGCUCCUCAUGGUCUAUGAAAACCACCCCGUGUUGGCAAUUAGGCGGCAUCUGUAUACAGAAGAGACUGUGCGUCGGCGAGCCGUACCUGACGGAGGUGCACGGCUGCAUGAGCAUAACCGAGGUGUGCUGUUUUAGCUGGAACAAGUUCAAACCACGGGACCUGUCAGAAUAUGGAAUAACAAGCCACCCGGGCUACCCUUGGAGUUCCAAUCAACAAAAAUUUGGCGGCAAAGGAAUCGUGGUUCAUGGGUACGGGAAAAGAAAUAAGAAACUUAAAGAAUCGACAAAUCUUCGCGAAAGCUACAUUGCGAAAAAUAUAGAAAGUCAGGAAAACAUUCAACCUAAACCUAUAAAUGAAAGAUUACAAGUAUCUAAGGAAGCAGUCAGUAAUGCAAAAAAUAUUAGCUUAUAUGAUGCAAUAGAGCGAAUUUUGAACGACAAAAAGUUAAGAGAAUAUAUUUCGUAGACGUGUAAUAAAUAAAACUUGUAAUCCUUAUGUCCAUUACUA